ACUGAGCCCUGGGGAACUCCUGUGGCGAGGGGCCGAGGUGUCGAUACCGAACCAGCCCAGGCAACCUGGAAGGAGCGACCAGAGAGAUUGUGAGCCUGAAGAUGUCUCCGAUUGGUCAUUCAAUAAACGUUGUCUUUUCUGCUGCUUGAGACGCCAGAAAGUCCAGGAGCACUUACUUGGCUUCAACAGCCAAGGUUUGGAAGGAGGCGAGCAAAGUCUCUGCAGUCAGGAGCAAUCCAAAAUCAACAAGCUCGAGAAACAAGCGGAGGAGUUCCUCAAUGCUGUCUUUUGCAGAAAAGAGAUCCCGAGCUUCUCCGACCCCCACAUUCCUUUAGUGGCUCGGGAGAUCAUGCCGAGAAUGAUCCGGCCGUUUGCCUCUGAAUAUACCUCAAAAAGCAGCUCUUCUCAGGACUCCCUCCAGCCCAACGGCACCGAGGACCAAAACCUGCCCCAGGCUCCAUCUGCGGGCCCCGUGCCCGCUGCCUCCGCACAGAACCCCGUUCUCAGCCAGCUGCUCAUGGCCGACCAGGACUCCCCGCUGGACCUCACCAUCAGGAAGCCUGAGGCCGAGCCCAGUGAGCAAGAUGGUGUUCUGGACCUUUCCUUCAAGAAGAGUCGUGCCUCAGGCAGCCUCUCGCACAGAAACUCUCAGGCCUGCCCUGCAACGCCCAUGAAGGGGUUGGGAGGGCCGGACCCUUUAGACUACAUCAGCAUGUACAGGAACGUGGGCUGCCCUGCCCAGGAUGUGCAGGAGCAUUGGCACUAUGUGAGCUUUGGGCUGAGUGACCUGUACGGAGACAACCGCGUGCGAGUUUUGAAAGUAUUUUGCAAGGAUUGUUUGGGAGAGGACUAGUAGACGAUCUGACCUUAUUCAAAGGUUUUUGGCUCUGGAUGUCCCUCAGGCUAGCAGAGAUACGGGCUGAAACCUGCGUAUCAGACGGCGGGAACGAGACAAAGAGUUGGGUAUCGUCCGCGUAGCAGUGGUAGGAUAGCCCAUGUGCAGUGAUCACAGGGCCAAGGGAGCGAGUGUAAAGAGAAAAAAGAAGCGGGCCUAGGACUGAGCCCUGGGGAACUCCUGUGGCGAGGGGCCGAGGUGUCGAUACCGAACCAGCCCAGGCAACCUGGAAGGAGCGACCAGAGAGAUUGUGAGCCUGAAGAUGUCUCCGAUUGGUCAUUCAAUAAACGUUGUCUUUUCUGCUGCUUGAGACGCCAGAAAGUCCAGGAGCACUUACUUGGCUUCAACAGCCAAGGUUUGGAAGGAGGCGAGCAAAGUCUCUGCAGUCAGGAGCAAUCCAAAAUCAACAAGCUCGAGAAACAAGCGGAGGAGUUCCUCAAUGCUGUCUUUUGCAGAAAAGAUGGUGUUCUGGACCUUUCCUUCAAGAAGAGUCGUGCCUCAGGCAGCCUCUCGCACAGAAACUCUCAGGCCUGCCCUGCAACGCCCAUGAAGGGGUAAGUGGAGCCAACCCCCCCCCUCCAUCCAGCCUCCCCAUUCCUGUGGAGCGCCCACUGCCUUCACCAUGAGUACAUUUUAGCCUCUUCUUAAAUAUUCAAAGUCUUAUCAACAUAUUGCAUUUUGUGCAAUGUCUUUUCAUGGUGUUAUUUUCAUCUAAGCAACCUGCAGCAAAUUAAUUCAGGGUACUC